CCCCCUAGUCUUCGCCCAAGCUCCUAACCAGAAGAAGAGAAAACCGACGAUGGCGGAGGGACAGGUGAGGGAUCUGUGGAAGGAGGCGCGAGAGCUCGGCUUGGGAAUCUCCGGUGAGGUAGAGCGUCUUGAGUCUCCGCCGUCUCCGCUUGUCUUCCUUCGGGAUUUCGUUGCCGCUAACAAACCCUGCAUCAUCUCCCGAGCCGCCACCCUUCACUGGCCCGCCGUUGCCCGCUCCCUCUGGUCCGAUGAUUCCUACCUAUGCCAAGCCCUCGAUGGAUGCGACGUAUCCGUCCACCUCACCCCCCACGGCCGCGCUGAUUCCCUUGUUCCGAUCCCGCCCGGUGCUCCUGGCGACGCCCCCCGCGGUCUCUGCUUCGCCUCCGCCUUUGUCCGGACCAUGGAGUUCCAGGAAGCGCUUCGCAUUAUCUAUUCUACCGGAUCUCCGUCAUCCCCGGUCGUGGCGUACGCCCAGCAACAGAAUGACUGCUUCAGGGCGGAGUAUUCCGCACUGUCAGCAGAUGUAGAACCGCACAUCCCGUGGGCGACCGAGGCUCUCGGCUGCCUACCGGAGGCCGUCAACCUCUGGAUCGGCAAUGGGCGAUCGGAGACGUCGUUCCACAAGGACCACUACGAAAACCUCUACGUUGUGGUAACAGGGGAGAAACACUUCCUCCUGCUCCCCCCAACUGAGGUCCAUCGUCUCUAUGUUCGCUCUUAUCCGGCCGCCCAAUACGUCACCUCCUCCUCCUCGGAAAUGGGGGAGCUGAAGCUGGAAAUGGUGGAACCGAAGAUUCUUGUUCCUUGGUGUAGCGUCGACCCCUACCCUCCAUCACCUGAGGUCAUGGCUGACCAGAGAACGUCUUUCCCCCUAUAUUUCAAUGGCCCGAAGCCAUUUCAAUGCACUGUUAAAGCCGGGGAGAUCCUUUACCUGCCAAGUAUGUGGCUUCAUCAUGUCAGUCAAACACCUGACAGCAAUGGACGGACAAUUGCUAUCAAUUAUUGGUAUGAUAUGGUGUUUGAUAUCAAAUAUGCAUACUUCAAUUUCUUGCAAUCCAUCAGUUUCUCUCAUUGUACCAAUGAACCUUCCAGAAUGAUAUGCAAUUCUUGUGAUGUAUCUGAUCUUUCAGGAGAUUCAGAAUUGGAAUCCACAAGGAAAGGAUGAUAAAUUAUAGUUGAUGAGCAAUCAGCUUGCACCCAAUUGUUGAUGGUACCAUCAAUCAACAAACAUUGGCAAAAUGUUCGAGUAUUGAUUUGUGAGGCAUUAGUAAGGUUACCUAUUUUAUCUAUUGAGGGUAGGAGAUUCAAGACUGUUAUGUUGUCUAUGAAGUCCAUUGUUUUUAAGAUUAGACUAGAGUUUCUCUGUAAGCAUACAUUCUCCAAACUAAAAUUUUACAGGCUUUGUAGAGAUAGCUCAUUUUUCUUGUAUAGAGACCCAAUAAUGGAAUUUCUACCUUUUAAUCCAUUAAAUUGUAUUGGCUGUCAACAUUUUGGAAUGCAAUGAAAGAUG